CAGACCUUUCUUCCCGCGCUAAGAAGCCAACCCGCUCACACUUUUCUUCACCUUUUUCGCUCCACAAAGCUCAACAAAUUUCAUCCCAAAUCCCAAAAUAACUACUGAAGUUUCCAAUAUGAUGAAUUUAAACUUGUUUUUUCACCACUCAGCUCUCCUGCUCCUCUUCUCUCCUCUCUUCCCACUAAAUCUCAUGGCUCAACCCCCAACUUGCUCUCAAGAAGACAGAGCAGCUCUCCUCAGUUUCAAAGCUGGAAUAUUGAAGGACACCACCGGCAUUCUCUCCUCCUGGGUAGGCAUUGACUGCUGUAGGGCUUGGGAGGGCAUAGAAUGCCAUCCUAAAUCUGGAAGGGUCGUCAGGUUGCAGCUUCAAAGAUCUCAACAAAGUGUAGGACAAGCACUUUACAUGAAAGGUACCCUCUCUCCUUCCCUUGGCAAGCUCCAGUAUCUGCAAGUGAUGGUUCUCAGUGGAAUGAAGCAGAUCUAUGGAGUUAUUCCUGAGAGUUUAUCAAAUUUGGGUCACCUCACCCAGCUUUAUCUCGAAAAUAGUCUGCUUGAAGGCCCCAUCCCUUCAAGCCUUGGCAAGCUAACUUCUCUUGUAGAAUUAUCUCUAAGUGGCAAUCGUUUACAAGGCCAAAUCCCUCAAAGCCUUGGGUCUCUUAGAAAUUUGAUUCAAAUAAACCUAGGGAGGAACUCACUUACUGGCACUAUUCCUUCCACAUUCCAAAACUUACAUAGUAUGCAGUUAUUCGACAUAAGCCAUAAUCUUUUAUCUGGGGGAAUUCCUGGUUUUGUUGGGCAGUUUCAGAAUCUUACAUACGUUGACCUUUCAAAUAACCAGUUAGCAGGUGUUUUGCCUUUAUUGCUCUGCAGUCUUCCCAAAGUCUUAGAUAUAUCAUUGGGUGAUAACAAGCUCACAGGAUUGAUCCCAAGCCAAAUUGGCAACCUCAAGUCACUGAAUUCUCUAUCUUUGAGUAAUAAUUUUCUCACAGGCUCAAUUCCAGAAUCUCUUGGGAGAUUGCAGAAGCUGUGGUAUCUUAAUCUUUCAAAAAAUGAGCUUUCUAAUCGAUUGCCAAAUAGCUUCAGAAUUGGGCUUCCAUCAUUAAUUUCCAUUGAUCUUUCCUAUAAUUAUUUGCAUUUGGAUUCUAUCCAGGAUUGGAUAAAAGAAAAAGAACUAAGAGAAGUCAAACUUGCAGGCUGCAACAUUGGAGGAACUCUGCCAGUUUUCACAAGAGCAGAUUUACUGAGCUCAAUUGACCUGUCUAACAAUAAUCUCACAGGAAAUAUUGGUGAUUUUCUCACUAAUAUGACUAGCCUAGAGGUGCUCAAUCUCUCUGAUUUUCUGCAAAAGUCAAGCAGCAUCCUGGAAUCUCUUGACAUCUCAAGAAACAAAAUUACAGGUAGAUUGCCUCAAUUCAGUGAAGCAACCAGUCUGACAUAUCUUGUUCUGUCCAAGAACAGCAUUACAGGUCAAAUCCCAAUCAGCAUAUCAAAUUUAGCCACUCUUGAGAAGCUGGAUCUUUCCAGGAAUCAAAUUAUGGGCGCUCUUCCAGCAACGAUGGGUGAAAUGGUAAGAUUACUGUGGCUGGACAUCUCAAGCAAUAAGCUCACAGGAAGUAUACCUGCUACAUUUUCUGGGCUUAGCAGCAUUAGGCAUGUAAGUUUCAGAGCUAAUAAAUUAUGUGGGCAGAUUCCACAGAAAAGGCCAUUCAACAUAUUUCCAGCAGCUGCUUAUGCUCAUAACCAGUGCCUGUGUGGCAGGCCUCUGCCGCCAUGCAGGAAAAUUUAGUUUUGAGAAGAAAUGGUCAGCUGAGCCCUGCAUAAAAAGUAAACCUUGCUUGUUUGUUGCAGAAUUUCUAUUGUUUGCAUCAUAUAUCUGAAUGCCAAUCAUCAAUGACUUGUUGUC